AUGGCCCGUCAGAUGAAAAAUGCCCAGGACCACAUUCAAGGAGACGAUGAUGACAACCACCUGCCGACUUCCACAUCACCGCAGAGGCAGCUGAUGCUCACACUCGCAGUCAGCGGAUACGAGAGCCUGUUGAGGUACUUUAUGCAAGAUGCCCAUCUACACGUACCUCUUGGACGGAGCCUUUACGAGUCACUGCGGUUCGGACACCACCGAUUCGCCAAGCGAUUGAUCGAGCUGGGGACGACGCCCAGGCAGCAGCGGCUGCGGCUUGCGGUCAAGCAGAUCCGCCGGGCGGUCACCAACGGGGAGCCAUCCAUCUUGCUUGCCCUGUGGCUCGAGCCGGACCUAUGGGAAGCCAGUGAGUUCACCACGAUAUUCCCAAACGACGAGCACUGGAGCUAUGGGAUAUCCAGUGGUCUCUAUCCACGCUCGAUCCAGGACGUUGCCACGACGGUUGCGCUGAUGCUUGGGAUCGACCUCAGCCGAACCCAAAUCGUGCUGCUGUGCAUGAUUGCCACCAAGACCAAGCGGUUCCCGGGAGAGCUCAUCCACAAUCUACUGUACCUGUCACCGAACGUCUUUUACAUUCUUGCUGCGAUCGGGCGGUCGGCGUUUUCGGUCGGGUUGUUGAAACUGGUGCGGCAGUACCAGCAGUGCCCGCAUCUGAACCGAGUGUACCAGCCGCAUCCUGCGCUCUUUGAGUUUUUCCAAUUUUCAGUUUCACACAUGGAUCAAUAUGCGCAAUACGUCGACGGUGCCCACAAAUCCAUCAACCUCUACACCGAGCCAUGGGUCAACCGACUUACCGAACCCGUUUUCGCCGCCAUCAUCACGGUGUUCUUCUUCACCAUGGCCGGCCACUUUGCGCCUCAGCUCGAGCUUUCCCAGUAUGCCCAGAUGCCUGCUGUCCAGGCGGUCGUCAUGGCCCUGAUCCUGUUCAUCAAGAACCACGAUAUCACCAUGUCGCUGGUUAUUGCGUUGGCCUUCCUGUUCCUGCUGCACCACAUCACCGCCGUCAAGCAAAAGAAAGCCCAGCAGGAGUCGUUCUCGCCGAUGACCAGCAUCAUCCCCGGCUGCCUGAAUGUCAAGAUGACCGACAUCUACACCAGCUUUGCCAACGACCAGGAGAAGAUGCUCCAGGCCAUCCGCUGGUCGCAGUUCCCCGGCAAUGUCCCCCUGACGGACGAAUACGCCCCUCUCGUUGCCACGUACCUGAUCAACGCUGGCUACGCCAUCAGCGCUGCAGGUUGUGGUGCACCAAACUGA